GCUGGAUGUCACUACUUUUUUCAACAGGCUUUGUGCUCUGUGGGAAGAACGUAAAUCUCUUCGUUCUUCACCUUACUGUGAGUGUGUUAAAUGCACCUGCAAUGUUGAUAAACGAUGGAAUGAUAUGUUUGAGGAGGAGUUUGUUAUGGAUUUUCUAUUUGGCCUCAAUGAUUCUUAUGAGAAUAUCAUUGAUCAGAUCUUAUUGAUUGAUCCCCUGCCUGAUCUUCAGAAGGCUUUUCAUCUGGUGAAUCAACAUGAGCACCAACGUCGGAUCAAAGCUCUUCCUCCUACUGAUACUAAGUCGUCUGAUGUGGUUGCUGCUAUUUCUGGAAAUCAGUUAAGGCCUAAGCAAAAGCCUCUCUGUACUCACUGCGGUAUGUAUGGUCAUACCGUCAAUAAGUGUUACAAAUUACAUGGGUAUCCUCCUGGAUAUCGCAGCAAUCAGAGAAUUUCAGACACCAAGACAAUCUCUGUUAGUCCGAAGCAUCCUCCCAGCAAGAGCAUUGUUGCUGCUGUUCAAACCGACUCAGGUCUGCAUAAUUCUAACAAUUCAUUUUCUGAAAAUGAUUUGUUCUCUCCUCAACAGUUACAGAGGCUAUACCAAAUGCUUGGAGAACGUUUGAACAUGAAUUCAGCUCCCUCAGUCUCGGCAUCUGGUGCUCCUGAUAAGUCUGGAUCAUACUCGGGGUUACAUGAUUGGGAAGGCUAGUCUUCAUCACAAUCUAUAUCUCCUGGAUACUAGCUUCAAGCCUUUUUCAAUUUCAGAUACUUCACAUCAUGUUUCUUCUGUUUCUUUUUCUUGUAAUGCCAUUGUUGUAGAUGCUCAUCUUUGGCAUCAACGCCUUGGACAUCCUUCUAAUAUGAAAAUUAAGA